GUGAAGAAAGUGCUUGCCUUGACAUGUAAGCAUUGAAGGGAUAUAAGUGUUUUGUAGGGUUCCAGCGAAGUGAUCAAUCUUCUGCCUCUGCGCGUUGGCUGACAAGGCUAUCGAAAACUGGAAAAUCAUACCGCGCUCUUAAUCCCUCAGCCUGGAGACAAAUGCACAGCAAUGGUCCCCUCAGAGCAAGACAUAAAUCCUCCCCUCAGCUCCUUACAUCCCUACCCACAUGUUCCACAAAUCAAAUAAUUUCUCUAGAAUAGCUAGGCACGAUAUAGGUGAGCAAAUUUAACCAUAUAAAGUGCAAUUCACAGUCGAUCUCCCGUAGCUUUCUUUCUUGCUGUAGCUGCCAUCACUGCAACUAUCUUCUUGUAUCUUUUGAAUCCUUCCACUUUCAAUUCCUGAACUCUUCUACUCUUUUAUUCUUUGUUCUCUUUCUCCAACAUCUGAUCACUGGAAAGUUCUCUCCUUCCGUCCCCAAAACAUUAAAUUCUCUUCUUUUUUUUGCUUCUGAUACAUGACUGAGAAAAAAAAAAACCAUCUUUGGAUUCCUUUUCUUUUUACCGUUCUAUAACUUUUGAGGAUCUCUUCUUUCUAGGCUAGGAUUUCUGAAAGCUAACCUGAAUCCUACUCUUGAAUCUAUAAGCUAUUACUUACCCAUUUGUGAUCCCUUCUACUUAUGGAGGCCAGAAGGUAGCUAGUCACCAUGUAAGUUGUAGAAUGCUUGAGAUGCAUAGCUGCAAUCCUAUAGGUCAUCUUCUUCCUCCAUGGCUUUCUUUUGUCUUCACUGUGCAGCUUCAUAGAUAAAUUUUAAUGGUGUUUCUUUUCUCCUAAGUUUUAUUCUGUAAGACAAAUUCUCGUCCUUAAACUCUCAAGCGCAUCUUGGCAAAGAAAUAUGAUGAAAAGAGCUAUUGCACUUCGAGCAAUUAUCCUUCUCCUGCAACUUAUUUGCUUUGAAGUCCAAUCCCAAUCAGAUGGCUCAACUGCACCAAUGGAGGAGAAGGAGAAGGAAGCUCUUUACUCAACUAUUCAAGGCUUUGUCGGAAAAUGGUGGAAUGUCUCUGGGCUUUAUCCGGAUCCUUGUGGCUGGACGCCGAUUCAGGGAGUAUCCUGUGAUCUCUUUGACAAUGGCAUGUGGUAUGUAACAACUAUAAUCAUUGGCCCAAUCUUCGACAACUCCCUCAAAUGCUCUAAGCAAGCCGAGUUCAGCCCCUACCUCUUCGAACUCAGGAACUUACGAAGUCUCUCAAUCAUCGAUUGCUUCUCUUCACAACCAGUAACCAUUCCAUUUCAUAACUGGAACAAGCUUUCUUCAACCUUACAAACCAUGGAGUUUCGGUCCAACAAAGGGCUCACUGGGGAGAUUCCUCCAGCACUCGGCCAGCUAGUGAAUCUUAAAUCACUAGUACUUGUUGAAAAUUCUUUGCGUGGAGAGCUUCCUUGGGAGCUUGGCAAUCUGGUAAGUUUAAAAAGAUUAACGCUUUCUGCAAAUCAGCUCUCGGGGCAGGUGCCGUCUUCCAUUGGAGCCAAGUUGGCUGAGCUCUUGAUCAUGGACAUCAGCAGCAAUUCUCUAUGUGGUCCUCUGCACUCAUCUCUUGGUGGUCUCACUUCGCUGCUGAAACUUGAUUUGAGCAACAAUCUCUUAAGUGGAAAUCUGCCACCAGAGCUUUGCAAAUUAAAGAAUCUCACACUUUUAGACCUUAGAAAAAAUAAUCUUACCGGAGGUCUGGAUCCAUCUCUCGCAGGAAUGGUUUCUCUCGAAGAUCUGGUUCUCUCAAAGAAUCCAUUGGGUGGAAGCAUCAAAGAAAUUGGUUGGAGAAGUUUAAAAAAUCUUACUCAUUUGGAUCUCUCCAAUAUGGGUCUUGUUGGUGAAAUUCCAGAUUCUAUCACAGAGUUGAAGAAACUUAGAUUCCUUGCAUUGGACAACAAUCAGCUCACUGGAUUUGUCACCACGAAGCUUGCAGCCAUGCCUUCCCUUACAGCUCUUUAUCUCAAUGGAAAUAAUUUUACAGGAGAGCUUGGAUUCCCUGAGGAAUUCUAUAGGAGAAUGGGGAGGAGAUUUGCCUCUUGGAGAAAUCCUAAUCUGUGUUACAAAAUUGGAGCUGGAAACACAACAGGGAAAGGUCCAGCUGGUGUGGAUAGGUGUGUCAGUGAAGGAGAGGGAGCUGUAUAUGGUGUAGAUUUAGAGAACAAUCUGGGCAGCGAAGGAACAACUCAGGGAUCAGAAUCCAUAGGCUCCUUUGGGUUCUCAGCUUAUUCCAUCACUAGAUUUCCAUGGCCAACUUUCUUGGAGGUUGUGGUGAUCCAUUUUCUCCUUUCUUUAAUGUAAUUAAGAAAAACAGAGCCUU